GGUUAUCGUUUCCGCCGGGAGAAGCUGCCGUCGGACCCUGCCGCUGUGGGAAGCGGCUUCUGUACUUGUUGCCACGUCGGAACAGUUGGGGACCGGGUUCAUACAUUGUUUAGAAUAUAAGGAAUAAUCUGUGGAGGGUUUCUGGUUUAGCCGCAGUCAUGGUUUCUGUCAUCAACACGGUGGACACCUCUCACGAGGACAUGAUCCACGAUGCCCAGAUGGAUUAUUACGGCACUCGGCUCGCCACCUGCUCCUCUGACCGCACUGUGAAGAUCUUUGAUGUCAGAAACGGAGGGCAGAUCCUGGUCGCGGACCUCAGAGGCCACGAGGGUCCCGUGUGGCAGGUAGCGUGGGCUCACCCGAUGUUCGGCAACAUUCUGGCUUCCUGCUCCUACGACCGUAAAGUCAUCAUCUGGAAGGAGGACAACGGCUCCUGGGACAAGAUGUACGAAUACACCGGACACGAGUCGUCAGUGAACUCGGUCUGCUGGGGUCCCUAUGACUUUGGUCUGAUUCUGGCCUGUGGCAGCUCAGAUGGAGCCAUUUCCCUCCUCACAUUCACUGGGGAUCAGCAGUGGGACGUCAAGAAGAUCAACAACGCGCACACUAUCGGCUGUAACGCAGUGAGUUGGGCUCCGGCUGUCGUUCCGGGCAGCCUGAUCGAUCAGCCAUCAGGACAGAAACCGAACUACGUCAAACGCUUCGUCUCCGGAGGCUGCGACAACCUCGUCAAACUCUGGAAAGAGGAAGACGGUCAGUGGAAGGAGGAUCAGAAGCUGGAGGCUCACAGCGAUUGGGUGAGAGACGUCGGUUGGGCUCCUUCUAUUGGUCUUCCCACCAGCACCAUCGCCAGCUGCUCCCAGGACGGACGUGUGUUCAUCUGGACGUGUGACGAUCCCGCAGGAAACACCUGGACGGCAAAACUGCUCCACAAGUUCAACGAUGUCGUUUGGCACGUCAGCUGGUCCAUCACUGGGAACAUACUCGCUGUUUCUGGAGGAGACAACAAGGUGACGCUGUGGAAGGAGUCGAUGGACGGUCAGUGGGCGUGUAUCAGUGAUGUCAGCAAGGGACAAGGAGCCGUGUCCACCAUCACAGACACACAGCAGAAUGAGCAGUGACACGCGCACACACGCACACGCACACACACACACACACACACACACAGAGCGAUCGCCACUCCUCAAAGAUGAAUUAAGUGAUUAUUAAGAUGCAGGACAUUUGAGCGAACCAAACGGAGCUUCUUGUGUCAUGUUGUCGUUGUUGGUCAGAGAAAGAAGCCCUGACAGCUGAAAGAUGGAGACUCUCACGGCUGAUAAUCCUCCUAAUACGUUUUUCAAUCAGAGGCACACACACACACACAUAAACUGUGGCUCAUCCCAUGAUGCUCUGCUCCUGAAACAUUCCUCCUCCUCCUCCUCCAGUGCUCCAGCACUUUUCUAUGUGCCGGUUAACCCAAACUGCUAAUAUCAAAAAACAAACUCCGUACUGGGCAGGAAAAGCCUCUUGUGUAUAAAUGUGAUGUAUUUGGUGUGAAACUAAACGGAUCCUCGCGUUCUCACAGUGAGAACAAUCAAAGCCAAUAAAAUGACUGCCUGGUCCUCACGUCUAAGAAUCAGCAAAUAAAUGAUCUAUUUAGUAAACUAUUGAUGAGGGCACAUUCUCUUCAACAGAACAUCUACUAAACGAGUCAGCAGGUUUGCUUUCUAAUUCAGCGCCACAAGCGAAUGAAUCAGUGGGUUGCCGUGACAACCCCAAGUGAGGCAUAACUAAACAGUUUUUAACUGUUUCCUUUCAGUUGUAAGAACAGAAACCAUGGAUGUGUUUUCAUAUUUGAUGUAAUUAAACUAUAAAUUUAAAACCG